AACUGGAUCAACCUUUCAAAGAUGAGUGCCCCUCCAGAGCUCUCUGAACUAGUCAACCUCUCUCUGCGCUAACACAGAGUGGACCCCAGAACUUUGGGUCUGCUAACAUUCCAGGAGCUUCUCAGUUGUCAUAAAGCAGUGGAAGGAGGGAACAAGAAGCCAUUUUGAUUUUGGCAAGUGGCAUACAGGAUAGGGUGAGCAGAGAAUGAGCCAAGCAUGUUUAACCCACAUGUAUUAGAGACUCCGGCUGUGAUCUUUGACAAUGGGUCAGGGCUGUGCAAAGCUGGUGUGUCAGGAGAGAUAGGUCCUCGGCAUGUCAUUAGUACAGUCGUCGGACACCCCAGGUUCAAAAUGGGUGGCACGGAGCAAAAUCAGAAGCUGUAUUACGUUGGGGAGGAGGCCUUAUACAAGUCAGAGUCCUUAUUUUUGCAGCAUCCUAUUGAGCGAGGCAUCAUCACAUCUUGGGAAGACAUGGAGAAGCUCUGGAGAUACCUCUUUGACUGGGAACUUGGAAUUAAGCCCUCUGAAAGACCGGUGCUCAUGACAGAGCCGUCUCUGAACCCCAGGAACAACCGGGAGAAAACGGCAGAGAUGAUGUUUGAGAGUUUCAAAGUACCAGCUUUCUACCUAUCUGACCAAGCAGUCUUGGCCCUCUAUGCCUCCGCCUGCGUCACAGGACUAGUGGUGGACAGCGGCAACAGCGUCACCUGCACAGUCCCUGUGUUUGAGGGGUAUUCCUUACCUCAUGCAGUUUCCAAACUUUAUGUAGGAGGGAAGGAUAUUACCGAGUAUCUCCUUCGACUGCUUAUAAACAGUGGACGAUCCUUCCCUUGUGCACUAGACAAAGGACUGGUGGAUGACAUCAAGGAAAAACUAUGCUAUGUAGCCUUAGAUCCGGAGAAGGAGCUGAGCAGGAGACCCGAGGAAGUCACGAGAGAUUACAAACUUCCUGAUGGGAAUGUUGUCCACUUUGGAGACCAGUUGUUCCAGGGACCUGAAGUUCUCUUUACCCCAGAACAACUUGGCAUACAUCUCCCAGGGCUUUCCAAAAUGGUUGUUAAUAGUAUCCUGAAAUGUGAUGCUGACAUACAGAAGUCUCUCUUUGGGGAUAUUCUUCUCUCUGGUGGUUCUUCCUUGUUCCCGGGACUGGAUGAUCGACUGAUGAAAGAAACAGAGCAGCAAGCCCCAAAGGGCAUCCCUAUCAAGAUAACAGCUCCUCCUGAUCGAUGGUUCUCUACAUGGAUUGGAGCCUCCAUUGUGACAUCUCUGAGCAGCUUCAAGCAGAUGUGGGUCACUGCCAUGGAUUACAGGGAAUUUGGGACAUCUGUGGUCCAAAGAAGAUGCUUCUAAAAGUCUUUGAUGAACCAACUUAUCACUUCUUAGAUGAAGCAUGCAAAGGCUUAUGUGACAAGGUAUAAAAUA